UGGAGAUGGCCGCAUCCAAAGAGGCCGUCCCUUCCUUAGCCGAUUGUCAGUGUGGCAUCUGUAUGGAAAUCCUGCUGGAGCCGGUAACCCUUCCUUGCAACCACACGCUCUGUUACCCCUGCUUCCAGGCAACCGUUGAAAAGGCCAACCUGUGCUGUCCCUUCUGUCGCCUCCGGAUCUCUUCGUGGGCUCGGUACCACACUCGAAGAAAUUCUCUGGUCAAUACAGACUUGUGGGCGAUUAUUCAAAAACACUAUGCAAGGGAGUGCCAGAUGAGAAUCUCUGGGCAGGAAUCGAGGGAAAUCGAUGGUGACGACCAACCGUGCCGCCAGUUAAGUAAACCUGGAGAGUUGAGACAAGAAUAUGAAGAGGAGAUAAGCAAGUUGGAGGCCGAACGACAAGCCAUCAAGGAAACUGAAAACAAAGCCAGUGAGGAGUACAUACAGAAAUUGUUGACAGAAGAGGAGGAGGAGGAGGAAAAACAACGGAUGGAAAAGAGGAGACGUGAGAUGGAAGAACAGCUGAAAGGAGACGAAGAACUGGCAACGAGGCUCAGCGUCAGUAGUGACAGUAACUAUGAGCAAAAUAUCUUGGCUUCUCCUUCGACUUCCGGAAAAUCAGAUGCAGUCAAAAACAAGUCACAAAAGAAAAGUACAAGAAAACAAA